CCCGGAGAAGGGAGGACUAAGAGAAUUUCACUUGAUGACCCUUGCCUCUUUGUGUCUGGGAUGAGCCGCGCGGAGCGCACCCUUAUCCACCCAGAGUGCUGUGCCUUUAAGGUCCACUGGGGGCGUGAUGUCAGCCGCCCUCCGGCACUUGGAGAGGUGAGCGCGGCAGCCCGCGCAGCCGGUGACUGGGGGACUGGGUUUGGAGUAGGACCUGCGGCGUGCUCGAGACUCCGACUUUGGUCUUGCGGCGCGCUCGCGCCUGCGCCCGCGGGCCAUGCCCCACUGACUCAAAGUGGGCACUGCCCCGGCUCCGGGAGGGCGAGACCGAGCACCGGCCAUGGGAAGCUUCCAGCUGGAAGACUUUGCGGCGGGCUGGAUCGGAGGUGCAGCCAGUGUCAUCGUUGGCCACCCUCUGGACACGGUCAAGACUCGCCUGCAGGCUGGCGUUGGCUACGGAAACACCCUCAGCUGCAUCCGCAUGGUGUACAGGAGGGAGAGUGUGUUCGGCUUCUUCAAGGGCAUGUCCUUCCCCCUCGCCAGCAUUGCCGUCUACAACUCCGUGGUGUUUGGGGUCUUCAGUAACACGCAGCGGUUCCUCAGCCAGCACCGCUGCGGGGAGCCAGAGGCCAGUCCUCCCCGCACGCUGUCAGACCUGCUCCUGGCCAGCAUGGUGGCCGGCGUGGUCUCUGUCGGGCUGGGAGCGCCCGUGGACCUCAUCAAGAUCCGGUUGCAGAUGCAGACACAACCGUUUCGGGACGCCAACCUCGGUUUGAAGUCCAGGGCAGUGGCUCCUGCGGAGCAGCCAGCAUACCAGGGGCCAGUGCACUGCAUUACAACCAUUGUGAGGAAUGAGGGCCUGGUGGGGCUGUACCGGGGGGCCAGUGCCAUGCUGCUGAGGGAUGUCCCAGGCUAUUGCCUCUACUUCAUCCCCUACGUGUUCCUGAGUGAGUGGAUCACACCUGAGGCCUGCACAGGCCCCAGUCCCUGUGCCGUGUGGCUGGCGGGCGGCAUGGCAGGUGUUUUUCAGAGGCAUCACUGUGAACGCGGUGCGGGGCUUCCCCAUGAGUGCGGCCAUGUUCCUUGGGUACGAGCUGUCGCUGCAGGCUAUCCGCGGGGACCACACAGUGACGAGCCCAUGAGCGCCAGGUCUUUGCUCAGGCUGUCCCCUCUGCCUGACAUCCUCUUCUCGCUCCUUUCCUACUUGUCCUUGGCUUCACCAGCUCUUUGCCAUCCAGGCUGUAGAAGUCUCCUCCUCCAGGAUGCCGGCUUGCUUUCUCAGCUAGGGAGGUGAACACAGGAUGACUACAGUGUUCCCUGGGCCUCAUCUCUGCAUGUGAAGCCCUGAGAGCUGCAGAUGUUUGGCCUUUGGACCUCCAAGUGGACAUCAAUUAGCAAGCGUGGGCUAGGAUGGUGCAGACACUGACGUGGCCCUUCUGAUGCCUGGGAUGCCUCAUGAGUCACUGAUUCAAGCCCUCCAAGGUUCUGAUCCCCAAUGCCCACUCUGCUAGGCUGGCAUCAAAGAGCUUUCCAACAAAUGUUUGGUCCAGCAGAGAAGUCCAGACCAUGAGCACCAGGGAGCCAGAAACCACCCAGAGAAACGUUGCUUCGCUCCUCUGUCUGAGGAUGGGGAGGGGCCAGUGAGCUCUGGGCUCAGCCACUCCCUCCAGUCUCAAGUACCACGUCCCCGUGCCUCCAGUCUCCUCUCAGCACCGACCAGGUUUUUCCCCGCUCCUGCACCCGUGGAUCCUGAGGACAGCGGUAGCGCCUUCCUCACCGCACGCUGAGUCCAGUGCGUGCUCCUCACUGUGCACUUAUUAGUGUCUGUUGAGUGAUUAAAUCACAUCCUCAGGUCUGCAGCAAAUAAAUGAAAGUUUCUUUAUUUUUAUUAACUAAAUUGAGAUUUUUUUUUCAAGCUGUUGACAGAAAAAAAUAAUUUUGCCAGUUCAGGGUAAAACUUCGAAAUUCCAAGUUAAAUGCCCAGUUCAAGAUUUUUUCCUUCUCCACCUUCCCCUGGGGUUGACUUUAGAUCUGGGAGGUUUGGGAUUUAGGUAGAGGCUUCAGGGUCCUGGGAGGUGCUCUGUCCUACCCUGGUGUUCUUCCUGGCUAGUCCCGGGCAUGGCUUUCCCUCCAGGGUGGCUUCUGUAUAAGCAUCUUCAGUCCCAUUUGGUCCCUGUCCCGUGGUCCGAGCCUGCCGUAUGUGCCCAUCCCAAGGCCUCUCCAGCCUUACCAUCCUCCAAGACACAUCAGUGCCCCUCUCUGCCCUGUGUGAAAAUCUUUGGUUUCUCCGUUGAAACUAUUCAGGGGGCUGCAUCAAGCCCAGCUUCCUAGGGCCAGUUCGUGGUCCUCCCUAUACCACACCUUAGGUGUGGUGGUGAGAGGCAUUCUCUUUUUGUGUCAUCUCCCAGGCCAUUCAGGGGAUACAGCUCAUGUGCCCUUCACUCUUGGUUUUCUACCCUCCCCAGGAGUUCUGCCCUCUACCCUGAGGCUCUGCUGGGGGCCAGGCAGAGAGCUCUUCUCCAGGGAACUCAAUAGUGUCUGCCAUCAUCCUCUCCUCUCGGACUUCUCUUCCAUAGUCCAAGGAGUUACUUUCUAUCCCAGGGCUAGGAAAGUUACCACUGGAAACUCUAAAGCCAAGAAUUAACUUCUGUAUCAAUAACCUCUAUACCAAUAAGUGCAGAAAAUACAUCAGACACAGUCCAAUCUCAUUCAUGAUAAAAGUUCUCAACAGACUGAGAAUAAAAGGGAAUUUUCUCAGCCUGAUACUGAGCAUUUAUGAAAAGUCCACAGCUCACAUCAUAUUAAUAUUUAAUCAUGAAUGACUGGAUCCUUUCCCACUAAAAUCAGGAACAAAACAAGAAUGUGUACUCUCACCACUUCUAUUCAACAUUGUAUUGGAAGUUCUAGCCAGAAAUUAGCCAAGGAAGUGAAAGAAAAGGCAUCCAAGUUGGAAAAAAAGAAGUAAGUUACCUCUAUUUACAGAUAAUAUGACACAGUUUAAAAAGUGAGGGUUGUGCAACCUGCCAAUGUACUAAAAUCUAUUGAAUUAUACGCUUCAAAUGGAUGAAUUGUAUUGCAUAUGGUAUAUGAAGCGUAUCUCAAUGAAGCCAUCUGUUUGUUGUUGUUGUUGCUGCUGCUGUUGUUGUUUGUUUUUUUUUAAGACAGGAUCUUGCUCUGUCGCCCAGGCUGGAGUGUAGUGGUGCAAUCAUGGCUUACUGCACCCUCGACCUCCUAGGCUCAAGUGAUCCUCCCAUCUCAGACUCCGAGUAGCUGGGACUACAGUUGCAUGUCACCAUACCCAGCUAAGUUUUGUAUUUUUCAUAGAGACUGGGUUUCACCAUAUUGACCAGGCUGAUCUCAAAUUCCUGGGCUCAAGUGAUCAGCCUGCGUCAGCCUCCCAAAGUGCUGGGAUUUUAGGCAUGAGCCACUGUGCCUAGCUAAAGCCAUGUUUUUAAAGUGAUAAAAAUAAAGAAUGAAGCCCUUUAGGUCCUCUUUGAGUUUCUGCUGAGGCCUCCCUUUGCAGAGAAAGGGAGGUCUUGGUCUGGGGUCAAUGAAGCAGAGUGACAAUGUGACAAUGGGAGGAGAGGAAUUGUGAGGUUUGAACAUCACAGCAUCUUCCUGCUUCAAACUGGAUGGAUGUACAGAGGGAGGGAUGGAUGGAUAGAUGGGCAAGCUAGCUUUAUGGCUGGCCACAUCUUGGCCUGCAGUGUGUGCUUUGAUCUGGAAUCUGCUGGAAACAACUCUGCCUGGGGCCUGGCAACCUGGAGAGGGUAGCAACUUCACCGCUUGUGAGCAAUGUGCUUCUGGCCAAGUUAUGCAACCUCGUUGGGCCUACUUAUCUCAUUUGUGCAGUGGGAAAAAUUACAUACAACAAUUAUAUAAAUAUCUCAUGGGGUUGUUGUGAGGAUCCAACCAGAUAUUCUACAAAAUAGGCUUAGAGGACUGCCUGGUACAGAGUAAACAAUAAAUAUUAGUUCUCCUUUCUCCAGGGUGGCUUCUUGAUGAAUCUCAACUCUUCUGGCACAGAGAAGAUGGUAAUUAUAGCACACUUUACUGUAAGUGAACCCUCCUUGGAGCUUGCCUGCAGGAAUGAACACUGCAGGUUAUGUGACUUUUGCAGAAAAGCCUAGGGAAAGCACCAAGCUAUGCUGGUGAUUAAUCUGCAUCAGUGAGUGGAAGCUCGUCUCUGCCCAUCUCCUCUGGCAAGACAUUGCAUUUCCGAGUUAUAUUCUGAAACCAUCACCAACCAUCAGUAUCUGUCCCUGCUGUGAUCCUGCUUGGGCUGGUGUCUCCCCAUGCCGCAGGUGGUAAACCACAUAGUGUCACAUGAUUCAACUAUGUCUGGCGCCAGUCAUUCAGAAAACCCACAUGGAGGAGAGGGGAAGAGAAGGCCCUUCAGCUGUGAUCUGGAACUCCAUGUGGCUGGCUGUCCAGGAAGCUACAGAAACCUUUAUCCCUCCUGGAGACACCCAGCCCAGCCCCACAUAAAAUGUCUUGGUGAGAGUGCCCCCCACCCCCACCUCCCUUGUUAAGUAGGGCAUGAGCUAGAGAAAGGCUGUUUUGUUAAUGCAGCUUACUAAUUUCUUAUCAUUAUUCUGAAAUCCAAACAGCUGCGAAAACUCAAGAUUUGUUAGGACUCAUUUGGCUGCAAAACCUGACCAUUUCAGUGACUGUUGCAGAAUUGAUAUGUUUAAUUAUGGAAACUUGCCCCAGGCCCUGCUGUGGGUGUUAUGUAAUAUAUGCCACGUGGAUUGUUUUAACUUUCUAAAAGGCUAAAAAGCUUGAAUUCUGAAACCUAUCUGACUCCCUAGGUUUCUGGAUAUGAGAGUGUGGACUGGAAUUAUGAUGGGUCUAUUUUACCCUCAGGCUGUGGUUGGAAGAAGCACAAUGUACACCCUUGGUAUAAAGAGAAUAAGAAAGGGGCAGAAUGCAAACAGCAAAGGGUUUGGAAGCAGAGAGCACUAGGGGUGAAUCCUUCUUCUAAAUCUCACCACCUGUGGGAUCUUGGGAAUGCCAUGCAGACUUUCUAAGCUUUGGUUUCAGUAUAUAUAAAACAGAAAUGCAUAAUAAUAAUAUCUACUUCCUACCAUAACUAGUGGGUUAAGCACUUAAUUAUUAAGCAUUUAUUCUGCAUGGCCACAUUCUUGAGCAGUCUCCCACUUCCAAGCUGCUGCCUUCUCCUCUUUCAGGCACAAGGCCAGUUUCUCAGGACCCUAGCCCUCUUAGCAGUGUCAGACAUGCCUUCAGCCUCCCCUAGCGGCAACCCUCAGAUGGUCCUCAUAGACAUUCUUUGUAACUGCUCCCUGCAGCCCUCCUGCAGCUCCAGCCACAGCCUAUGAGCCUGAGGGUCUGUAUUCAGCAUCAGGAGUCUUAUCACAGAGACUCCUACAGGAGUCUCUGAUCUAUUCUUCCCCUUAACAACACUUGUAGCUUUCUUUGUUCUGAGCAGCAAGAAAUGAAUAAUUGCCAAGAGACCAGCUCAUGUUGUUUUUUCCACAUAUGUAUUUAUUUCAAAAUAAAGACAUACAAUGUUAAACAAAUAAUCACAACUGAUACUGAUUUAGAGUAGCUUACUUGAUUUUUAAAUUGUAGCAACUUAAAGAGAAAGCUUUUUAAAUUUAAUAAAUAGGAUAAAUAAUAUUUCAUCUUCAUAUCUUGCCUCUCAUCCCUCUCAUCUUUUCUUUCUGGAAAAUUUCCAGAAGACUCUUCAGAAAUGUCAGCGCGUUGCCUGCCGUGGUUUGGUUGCAUGGCUGUUCACAGGAAAAAUACUGUGGGGAUGAAAGUUGAUAAGGACAGAGUGACUCAAAUGAUGUAGAGCCAAGCAGCCCCAGAAGCCUACCUGCCAAGAGCCAGAGUCGGUGGUGAGGAUUGUGGGGAUGGGAAGGGAAGUGGCUUGAGACACAGAGCAAAUAGGUGGGCAGGUCCAGGCUAGCUCAUGUGGUGUAAAGACAGCAUAGGUGGUUGACCUCAAAUGGGAUUUCAGGGGUCUUUACACACACACACACACACACACACACACACACACACCCACACCCCUAUUAAGUGGCCCUAAAUCUCUGCAUUAGAGAAAGCCUUUCCUGGGGACUCUUUGAGGCCUAAAAUUGUAUCAUUAUCCUUUUAGGUUGUCUUUCCAAGGUCAUUUGACAGUACAAUGGCUAAGAGUGGGGCUCUGAGGUCAUAUAGGCCUGAUUUCAAAUCUCAGCUCUGCCACUUAUCAAAUAUGCAGCCUUAGGCAAAUUAGUUAACCUCACUGAGAGUAAUAAAUUGAAUAAUUGUCCCUAAGGUAUGUAUGUAUUCAGUGAGACAGCAUAUAUUAAGCACUUAGAACUAGAUGCCAUUGAUGGUAGAAACGCAUGCAGCUAAACAGCUGAGCUCAGGGCUUUCAGCCUUCUAGGAUCUUGUGUGGAGAUGCUAAUACCCAAAAAACAGAGGGAGGUCACCUCUACCCAACUUGCCAUCCCAGUCUGCUGUCAGUGACUAGGGUAUAUGCUGAAGAAAAGAAUGUGUGGAUGGGCAUUCAGGAUGAGUGGCAAGCUUCCACCUUGACCUGGGUGCAUUGCCCUUUAAAUACCUCCUUAAUGCAGGCCAGGCGUGGUGGCUCACACCUGUCAUCCCAGCACUUUGGGAGGUCAAGGCGGGCAAAUCACUUGAGUUCAGGAGUUGGAGAGCAACCUGGCCAACAUGGUGAAACCCCAUCUCUACUAAAAAUACAAAAAUUAGCCAGGCAUGGUGGCACGCACCUGUAAUGCCAGCUACUCAGGAGGCUGAGGCAGGAUAAUCACUUGAACCCGGGAGGCAGAGGCUGCAGUGAGCUCAGAUGGCACCACUGCACUCCAGCCUGGGCAACAGAGCAAGACUCUGUCUCCAAAACAAAACAAAACGAAACCUCCUUAACCAACAGGAAAAAAAAAAUCCCUGUUAACAACAUCCAUUCAGUUAGUACAUUGAAUCUCUAGGAUAAUUUAGUAUUAUGUGAGCUACAUCCCUGAUUCUCUAGAUUGUAGCUUCUAAUUACACUCAGAAAGGAUUCUUUCAUUAUUCCAUAGUAGAGAGAAGUAAAUGGCCUCGUCGGGAACAAUGAUCUAUCUCACUUUAAUUCUAUUGUUUCAGUGGAUCUCACUUUAAUUAUAUUACUUCUGAUUAAAUUUCUUAGAUGUCUUUUAUCAACCUUGAACUACCAAUUCCAACUUUAUCAUCCUUUUGCGUUCAAACAGGGUUGGCAUCACCAUUCACAUAGAAAUCACCAACGGGAACAUAUCACAUAUGAAAACAAACUUACUGGACACUUGUUGUUCUUUAGUACUUCAACUGAUUUUUUCACCCGACUGAAAAUCAGUGGGUAUCUUGUUUGCAUGGUGGUAUUGGUCAUCUGAGACAGUCUCUCACUGAAGCAUGGUCUGGUGCAGUUGUCCUGGUAAAUAGUAAGGAUUUAUUCAAAGAAAUAUUCUGAGGACAGCUUUGGAAAUAUAUCACAAAGAGCAAUAUAAUAGAGAUGAUUUUUAUUUAAUCACCAUUACUCAAACUUGCAUUAUUUUUAGACAGGUCCCUUGCCAAUGUAGGAAGUGAUCUCCCGUAUUUAAAGGGGAUGCCAUUUUUCCACAGUGACAUCCCCUGGAGGAGACUUCCUGUAUGUUACAUCCAGGAAACAUGAGGGCUGUGGGCCCUGAAAUAGUCGGCUCUGAAUGUUCUUUUCAACGGGUGCUUCCCGGCUUCAAGGCUUGUAAGUCUGAAAGUGCAGAGUGAGGAAAAGCCUUUUCACACCAGCUAAUGGGAUGUGACAAUUGAAUGCAGCUGGUAUUUCAGCAGCAGCUAAAAACAUGGACUGUACACCAAGGGACAGGGGCUGUGCUGUCUGCCUGGUUCCUGCCCAGAAGGCACUCUAUCCUCUUCUCAUCUAAUGGAUGGACCGCGAUGGGUGCGAUGUCUUACCCUAGCCAGGGCAAGAAGCUCAGAUUCUUCAGAUUCUCCCAGGCCUUGCAUGAGAAAGAAUAAAGCACUGCACCUUGGAGAAGUGCCUCCUCCUCACCCUAAUCAGGAGUUUGAAUUAGGAAUCAGAACUUUCCUGCCACCCAUCCUUCCUGCCAGAGUGGGCAGUGGCCCUCUGGAAGCCCUCCUUCCACUCACAACCUCAGAUCCUCUACCUGCCCAGAGGGCAGCAUUCAAACCAACAGUCACUCUAAUCAGCUAGACAGACAACAGGGUGGUGUGGAGGAAGGGAGGAGGCAGGGAGGGGGAGGUAUAGCGCAUAGAUCAUUCAUGACAGAUGAAAGAUAAGGAGUUGUCAUUUUAUUUACAUUGUUUCACAACUCUAGAGUUAUCAGUAAAUGAGUUAGAAAGCAAUAUGAUAUGAGCUACAGCAAUUAUUAUAUCCUUAGUUCCAGUUUUAUUUAAUUGUGCACAUGGCCACCUAUCUAAAAAGAUAUUCAGGAUUCUUUUUUUAAUGUUGAAAAGUGUUCAAACUUCUCAAGAGGCAUAAAGUUAAUUAAAUACAAAGAAAUGUUCAUAAUAUAGGAUUUCAAGAUCGUAGUUUUAAAAGGGAAUAAUUUGUAACAAUGUGGUUUUAACAGGGAAUACUAAUCUGUAACAAUUAAAUUAAGCAACAAUGUAUAACAUUAAAUAUUAAAUAAAGCAACUUAUUUUUACUUGAAAACAAACCAAAAAAAUCCAAGGUCAAAAUUAUGUUCUUUCACUAUACUUACAGAGGGAAUGGCCAGACAGAGACAACUGGUCACCUGCAAGGGAAAUUUCAGAGUGAAGAUUCCAGAUGUGAAAAUUAAAAUUAAUUUGGAAAGUUCUUAAAGAGCAUUCACUCACAUUAGCACUGCAGUGGCACUUGGAAGCUGGAUCUUCCUAAAGUAGAUAGAGAGAUAAGAACCUUUAGUCAGCCCCAAGUUUUUUCAUCCUCAUACAUAUUUCACUUUGUCAGUAGCUCUCUUUCCCACGGGCUCCCCCUGCAGCCUACCUGCAUCUUGUUGAUGAGGAAGUUGAUGUCCAGGAUCCCCGCCAAGGUUGGACACCCCUGGCCUGCCACGGAGCACAGGAGCAGGGCAGAGGUAAGGACCAUGGCCAGAAGCAUCUUGACAGCGGACUGGAGCUCGCUUGCAGACACCUUCAAAUCGAGUGGUAUUUAAAGCUCCCUCUCAAACACGGAAAAACCCUGACAUCAAACUGAUACCAAGAGCCCACUUUUUCUCUGUAAGUUGGGGCCACUUUAUACUAACAAACAAAAAAAUCAAACUGAGUCACUUGACAAAGAUGAUGCUGUGCCAGGAAAUAUCAUUCCUCAGAAAAGAUGAUUUUCAAAAAGUUAAGUACUGAAAUGCUGAAGGAAAAGUUAAAGAUCUAAAAACCAAGAAAAAAAAAAUUCAAAGACAGGGAUUCUGGUUGUGAGAGUUAGAAUACUUUCCAUGAACGCCCAGGUCUGUGUUUUCCCUUUUUACAUUAUGGGAAAUGCUGAUAUAAUAUAGCCAGUCAUGGGUGUUCUAACGAAGGGGGGCCUGGGGAGACAGAGCGGGUCGGGGGAGGGUGCAUGAUAUUGCAGAACUUCACUUAUCUCUGUUGGGGUUUUCCUUUAGUAAUUGCAACCUCAGUCUUACUAUGCUUUAUUCCCAAAUCUCAAUGUUUUUCAUACCCAGGACGAAAUUUGCCACCUAAUGCAAAUGCAUCUUAGAAGUAUUUGUGCAAGUGUCUGAAAGAAGAAAUCUUCAACUAUAAGCACAAGAAUGCGGCAACCAUGCUUGUUAAAAUUGGCCUUGAGGACUCCUCAGUAUCUUUGGAGACCUUAUAUAACACUGUAUGACAUCAAGUAAAAACCCAGUACUUGAAAGAGUAUAGUAGCUAACAUUUACUGAGAACUUACUACAUACUAGUAACAUUUCUUUUUUUUUUUUUUUUUUGAGACAGAGUCUCCCUCUGUCACCAGGCUGGAGUGCGGUGGCACAAUCCAGGUUUGCUGCAACCUCUGCCUCCCGGGUUCAAGCGAUUCUCCUGCCUCAGCCUCCCGAGUAGCUAGAAUUACAGGCACCCUCCACCAUGCCCGGCUUAUUUUUUGUAUUUUUAGUAGAGACGAGGUUUCACUAUGUUGGCCAGGCUGGUCUUGAACUCCUGACCUCGUGAUCCGCCCGCCUUGGCCUCCCAAAGUUCUGGGAUUACAGGCAUGAGCCACUGGGCCUGACCAUACUAGCAACAUUUCUAAGUACUUUACAUGCAUUAAGCCAUGUAAUACGCUCGGCUGCCAAAUGAGGUGGGGAGUAAUUUGUCAUCACCAUUUUUUACCCUUUAAAACACUGUCUACAUCUUAGCUUCCUGGCCCUUCAGUAUGGCUGUGUUUAAUCACUAUGAGUCAAAAAAGCAAUCUCAGUGUAACUCUAUGAAGUACUAUAAUUCUUAUUAUCUUACAGAUGGAGAAACUGAGGCAUAGAGAGGCAGGUAAUUUGCCCAAAACCACAAAGCCAGGAAGCCGCAGAAUUUGUAUUCAAGCCCAGAAGUCUGCCUCCUGAUUUCAGCUCUUAAUCCUCCUGAGCUCCUGUUUUUCUGCAGAUCUUUUAUCUGCCUCUCCCACCAGGAUAUAUACUCCAGGGCCUUAUGGGUCCAGUUCACCCCUAUAUUCUCAGCCCUUAAGGAGGUGCCUGGGGAACUGUGGGCACUCACUAAAUGCUUGUUGAAUUAAAACACUAAUUUGAAAAGUAGUUAUUGAAAUACGAACUUCCUACUUCUGGGAUUUAUAAGAUUUCAAAUCUGAUUUCUAGGGUACAUAUUUGGAGGUAUGUGCAGGUAAGUAAAUAUAGCUUCUACACAGUAGAUUGAAAAGGUGAGGGGUUCUUUAGCUUAGCACUCUGAACUAUAAUAGCCAGUGGGGACAAACUCAUAAGAUUUCCUCGCCUCCACUGUAAGAGUAUGGCAAUACUGUUUUUUUCAUUUUGUAUUGUUUCUUAGCAGUGAUGAUGGCUCGUCAGUGUUCCACUGCACUAUGGGGAAGGGAGUGUCUUGGUGGUAAACAAGGUAAAGAGAAACAGGUGUUUUGCUAAAUUCCCUUAAGCCAUCCCACAUCUCUGACUUCCAUCCCUGCUCUUUGCAGACACUGAAGAGAAAACUCAAAGGAUUCCCAGCCUGUGGCAAACACUUUUGUUACAAAGCACUGGAUGUAUGCCUUUUUCUUGAUGAUAGAAUUCUGAUUAGUUUGGGGUACCAAUGUAUCCAGCCAAACACCCACAUUUUCAGCCUCUUUUGCUGCUACAUGUAGCCAUGCAGCAUGUUUCGAUCAAUGCAAAGUAUGUAAAAUUAUUUUGCUUUCCUGGUAAUAGGAGACAAAAGUGGCUGAACCCUGUCUUUCCCCUUAAUUCCAAUUUGGGUGUGAUGGCAGGAGCUUCAGCAGCAAUAUUAUAACUAUGAAGAAAUGGACAAGAGAAUUACAGCAAUGGCAACACUAACAUUUUUCAUAAAUAGCAAAUAUUCAAAAAGGCAAUAAAAAAUAAAACCAUGAGACUAACAAGAGAAGUAAUAAUAAUAGUACAACAGUGAUACUAAAAUUCUAGCUACCUAUCACUGCCUACUGAGGAUCCUGAGUUAUAAAACCUGUUCUUGUUUAAAAAGAAAAGAAAAGAAAAUUAGCAUGCUUUGGAGAGAUUUUAAAGAUACAUUACCAUCAGACUAAACCUCCUUCCCUGACAUUAUUGGAAGACUUGAGAGAGAUGUGAAAAGGCAAUCAUCUUUUCAUUCUGUGAAUCAAUAUUAUUUGAUGCUCUCUGUGUGAACCGUGGAAAUCAUUUCACCUGCCAUCGGGUAUGCCUUUCAUAUUGAGGAAAACACCACCCCACCCCUCCUGUUGUACAGAUGGGGGCUUUGCCCAAGAAGAGAAAGCCACAGCUCUAGUUUCUAGCAGGAGAUAGUACAGUGCAGUGGUUAAGACCGGUGACUCUAGAAUCAGAAUGCCUGAGUUCAAGUCCUGCCUCUAUCACUUGCUAGCUCCAUGGCCUUGGGGGAUUGCCUGGCCUCUCGCAGCUUCCAUUUCCUGACCGUAAGUGAGGAUGGUGAUGUGGAAAGUGGGAAUGGGGAUCUAGGGAUGCAGUUGCAGUUGUCAGUUCUCACUCACUCGUAAGUUAGGAUGGUGAUGUGGAAAGUGGGAAUGGGGAUCUCGGGAUGCAGUUGUCAGUGAAGGCUCCCCACAGGGUACUCCCAUAGAGAUGAAAAGAAACAGCUGCUCCAUCCCUAACUUGGUUUAAGUGGCAUCCGGUUUGAAGUUUGUUAGGGCAAAGCAGCCGAGGUUAGCGGUCAACAAACUGUAAUCCACUUUUCAGGUUGAAGGUAAGGUCUACAAGCUAAGAACAGUGUUUACCUUUUUAAGGGUUCAGAGGGUUAAAGUUUAUAAAGAAAUAAUUAACAAAUAAAAACAAGCAUGUGUGGUAGAGACCGUAUGUAGCCCGUAAAGCCUAAACAUUUAUUAUCUGGCCCCUUUACAGGAAAAGUUGGCCACCCCCUGGCUGAGUUCCCACACCCCACCCCUCAUUUUCUGAAGACAUCAACUAUUAUCCUCCAGUCCUGGGAAGGGUAGAGCUAGGGGUUGGUUGCUCAGGUGUCUCUUCUCCCUUUCCCCAUCUGGUUAUUUAGGUCAGGCAUCUGUACAGAGGGAAGGGAGCAGGGGACCUGGGCCACAGACUGCCAGAUUAUCCGAAGUGUUGGGGGCCUGCCAUUUCCUGAGACUUUUUGUGGAGUGAGCUCGCUGGUCCAAUGAACCAAAGAUCUUCUCUCAAUGAAACCCGGUAGCUGCAGCAAAGAUAUCUCAGGUAGGCUCUGGUUUACUAGGAAAAGUCCCACAUUUUGAAGUUAGGAGAAAAGUGAAUGAAUUAACAAGUUAAGUCUUGGCUUGACCAGCAGGCCUUGGGUCACCCACCGUCCCUGCUACCCUCAGGAGCUGGCUCAGGGUCAAGUGAUCCAUGGCCACUGGUGCUCCUUGGGCAGGUUACUUACCCUUUCCAUGCACCAAUGCACCCCCAGCGCUCACUCACUUAGAGAAAGGAAUGUAAGCCUUCACCCAGCCCUUCCUCAUGAAAGAGAAGAGUGCUCCAUUUGGGAUAUACUCUCAGGAAUGAGGCAUGUUUCUGUUUGGAAAUGUGGUCUUGUCUGGUCCAGGUGCCUCGCUCUUUGAUACCCCCUCAUUACUACCCUCCCGUCACAUCAGUUUAUUUUCAUUUCCAUCCUCCAGGCCUUUACCCUUGCUAAGCUUGGCCUGCUGGCUCCUUCCUCAGCUCCUCCCUACGUGACCUGUUCUCAUCCUUUAGUUCUCAGCUCAACUACAACCUCCUCAGCAAGACCUUCUCUGACCAUAGUAAUCACUGCCAUCUGCCUGUGCCUCUUUCAGUGUCUGGUUCUCCCAGGAGAAUGUCAGUUCCAUGACAAUGGACACUACAACGGACUCUCUUGCUCAUCACUAUUCCCAGGGCAGUCUAUACAGAGUGCUCAGGAAUUCCUGGUUAAAUGAAUAAAUGACUAAUACAUUUAAUUUUGUGAACAUUUAUUAAAUUUGUGUUACUGAUGAAAUGACCAACACAUGGUUCCCAGUAAAAAGGUAACAAACAAAAAGCAGAUGUCACAUUUACCUGAACAAGGAACACAUUUGAAAAGUGAUUAACCAACAAGGGAGUAAAGCCUCCUGCAGUUCUGUAGUUCCUUACAUUGGUGCAGGGUUUGAGAAUUUCUGAAGUUCUUUUCAACCUCUUCUUUCUUUGGACUCUUAUACGAACUGCAUGAGGAAGGCAUGCGUGGUGCAGGAGCUCCUCUGCAAAGGAUGAAACAGAGAGAAGGAGACAGGUGAGGUGACUGGUUCUUUAGAAUUCUUUCCCAUUUCCCCACCCACUCAGUUAUCAAAAAGAAAAGAAUACAGGGUUGUUAAACGGUAGCUCUGCAGUUCAAAAUACCAUUAAAACAGCAGAUGUUUAUCUAGGCAAAGUCUAUGACUUUUGAGGUUUAGCUCCUAGGAUUUCUUACAGUAUCAAAAUGUAAGUAUGCAAAUAAGCUACAGAGCAA